AUGCUCGAAGAAGCAGAAAUGCGUUCCGGCAAGAUGUUGUGCCGGACGAGCAGUCCACCACCGCCGAGCAGCAGUCCGGCCGGGUCGGAAAUUUCCGUCGGUUCGCCAAGUCCACCGCCCAUCGGAAGCGACUCCCAUCCUGCCCACCUGCCCCAUCCGCAUCCCCUGGCCGUCACGCAUCUGGUCCACCAUCACCCGCUCGUUCACCCGCACCAUCCGCAUCAUCCGGCGUUACACGCGCACGCCGCCGUCAGUGCGCUGCAGGCCCGGGCCGAAGACUACUUCACACCCCUGAAGCGGUUACGCAUGGUGGAGGGUGGCAGUGGGGUGGAACUGGGAAGUCCUCCCGGUGGCAGUCCCAAGGAAUCGACGAGCCGGGGCUCCAGUCCCACGACGCCCAUUAACAGUGCGAGCAGUACAAACACCAACAGCACCACCGCUACCACCACUACCACCAGCACAACCAAAUCCUCCUCGGGCCACUCGACCGCAGCCGAAGGAAUCAAGUCGUUCUCGAUCGCCGACAUCCUGGGACGCGAUGCGGAGGCCAACAGCCGGGAGGCGCGAGAGCCGAGCCCUCCGCCGAUAAAUCCGAGCCUGCACCAUUCCGCCCACCAUCACCUGCACCUGUCGGCGAACCAUCCCGGGGCCCAUCUGGCGGCCGCACAUCACCACCACCAUCAUCAUCACAGCAGCAGCACGCUGCAGCAGGCGGCCUCCAAAAUAGUACGACCCUGGGACCAUCUCCGGGGACCGAUCCCGGUGAGGCCGUUUCUGCCACCGGCCCUGCUGCACUACGAGCAUCGGCUGGCGCUCGACUACCACCAGCAGCUGCAGGAGCAUUUUCGCGCCCAGGCCCAGCUACUGCGCCACAUGAGCAUGGACAUUAUCCCGUCGGAGAGUGGAUCGGAGCGGUCGAGUUCGGCGGCGAGCGAUUGCUGUUCGCCGGAAAUUGGACGCGGCUCCGACCACCAGAGCCAUCAAUCGUCUCAAUCGUCCUCGUCGGGUGUGGGUGGUGGAUCGGCGGGUGCCGGCGACGGGAGUGGACGCAGUGGGGCGAAUGGUGGUGCCGGUGGUGCAAACAAGUCCGGCAGCAAGACGGCACCGAACGGGACGCCGCUCGAUGCACUGUUUCAAAUGACCAACAAGAAUUUCGACGAAACCAAUGAAGAUAGUGAGCAAUCGCAUUUAAACCUGUUCGCCAACCGACCGCAGCCAAAGAAGAAAAGGAAAUCCCGGACGGCGUUCACCAACCAUCAGAUCUUCGAGCUGGAGAAGCGGUUCCUGUACCAGAAGUACCUGUCGCCGUCGGAUCGGGACGAGAUAGCGGCCGCCCUUGGGCUCUCCAACGCACAGGUCAUCACCUGGUUCCAGAACCGUCGGGCCAAGCUGAAGCGCGACAUGGAGGAGCUGAAGAAGGACGUCGAGACGGUGAAGGUCCUGUCCGCGCACAAAACGUUCCUGGAGAAUGUGAACGAUAUGAACAUUCUCAAGAAAAAGAUCAUGCACGACGACGGUGGCAGCCCACAGAACGCCUCCUACCCACAACCCUACUGUCUGCACAGCAGUGGCAUAGUGUGA